AUGAAGAGCACCAGUAUUUUGCUAGCCGCGCUAGCAACAUGCUUUCGAAUGGGAGCCAAUGCUGCCACUGUGAUGAAAGUAACCAGCUUCGACGGGCCAGUAAGCGGAGAGGAACUUCAGUCAUUCAGCAGCUACAUAUCUACGCUGGAACCGGCAAAAGACAACAUUGGCAAUCAGUGGGCUCAGGGUCACAGUGGCGAGGAGACGAAAGCCAUGGGACUGGUCUACUCCAUCUCUGGACAGCAAGAGGUGCUCGACAACAUGCUUCGCUUCUGCGAUGCCAUUCUUUCGCAAAGAAAUGACCUUGCAAAAGAACCAAUCGGCCAGCACAAAAUUUGGACAGGCGAUAUUGCGCCAGUCUGGCCCAACAAUGUUGCUGCCAGCCCCAUUUCCACUGGCGGCGAGCAAGGCGACCCAGUGGGCCACUUGGCCAGCUGCGCGCAUCUUAUCUUAAAGGACAAGAAACUAUACGGAAAAACUGUCGCAAUUGGUGAUGGGCAUGAUUAUGGCAAAACAUACCUGGAGCGUGCCAGGACAUACAUCAAGCAGGCAGACAAGGCCAUGUCGGGUCACAUUCUCUCUCGCCUACUCGAUGUCUCGCGCGGUGACAAAAUGUACUUUGCCAAGGACUCGCCUUACAAAGGAGGGACUCCGGUGCCCUGGAAUCAGCAAAUGAUGUUCAACUAUGCUUUCCAAAACCUCGUUGCCGCGCACACACUUCUAGGCGACAAUGCAGAACUGGCGGACAAGUACAAGUCCAUCAUGAAAGCGAGUAUGAAAUGGUUCUUUAGCGGUGGCGGCUCAAAGACGAAGAAGAGCAAGAAAGGAAGCAUGGUAUACGACUGGGAGUAUGCUGUGGGAUCUCGUGUGGAGGACGUCAAUCAUGCAUCUCUCGACGUGGCGGGAUUUCAUCGGGCUUACGUCGAGGGCAGCUGGAACAUCACUGCGGGCGAGAUGACUACACUGGCGAAUACAUUCGUCGAUGUGAUGAGGCUAGGGGGAGACAAGUACGCUGGAACUGUGAAGGGAGGCUGCAGCAAAGGCCAUGCAAGCUGCAUUGAUUAUGUGCGCAGCGGCUUUUUGCUGCUGGCAGAGUUUCGGCCAGAUGCUUACCACGAUAUGAUGGCGGCUGACUUGCAGGAGGGUGGCAGCACAACCAAGGUGGAUAUGUUCUCCCGCUUCCUGUGGGUUAAGAACGAACGUAGCAAGUCUAAGUAG